GCAGCUGCAAAUCGACUUGCUAUGUUCGCAUGGAAAAGGAUUUGGCUGCACUGUCAAUUAACGAAUAUCCUUUAAAACAUUCAGCUUUAUUGGAUUCAGGGUCAUCAAUUCACGUUUUCAAUGAGAUAGAAAGGUUUGUGAACUUCCGGAAAGCAACGGCAGGAGACUUCUUAUGGGCAGGCACCCACCAAGUACCUAUCUUAGGAUAUGGAGAAGUGGAUAUCGAAAUCCACGGCCUUGGUGGAAGACUUCAGAUUCUGCGCCUUUAUAACGUGGCAUACUGCAAGGACUUUGUGGCAAACCUGGUGUCUUUCCAACAACUAAGAAAGCAAGGAAUCUGGUGGGACACCAGAAGAGGCUUUGAUUGCCUUCGGAACGAGAAAAAUCAAGUCCUUGCGUAUGUAAGAGAAAAGGAAGGUUAA